UGCUGUUUAAAUAAUCAAACAUAAAACAUUAUCGGCAUUGCAUUAUAACCACUAUUAUAUUAUAUAUAUUACAAAUAUAUUUUUUGCGACAAAUUACACAAUUUAUUUAGCUGUUAACUCAAGAAAUGGCUGUGAAGAUACCAUAUACACGUGUGUCGUUGCAGAGCAAGACAAAGAUGUUAAAAAGCAAUAAUCAGCAACAAUGUACGAAAGGAAAAAAUAAAAAGACUCUCGUUAUUGCACAAGAAAUUAAGUUUGCACGGCUAUUGGCUGAUAAUGACAAGAGGAUACGGGACAAAGUAUUAAAAAGUUUGAAAAAAUGGUUGACAGUGCGCUCUCAAAGCUCGUUUGCAUUUACAGAGAUGGAUUUUAUGAGUUUAUGGAAAGGCCUGUUCUACUGCAUGUGGAUGUCUGACAAAAUGUUGAUUCAAGAAGAACUGGCAGAAUCUCUUAGUAAAAUAGUGCAUUGUCUUAAUUCCAAAGAUAAUAUUAUACUUUAUACAACUUGUGCUCUAAAAACUCUUGCCACAGAAUGGUUUGGCAUAGAUCAGUACAGAUUGGACAAAUUUUCUAUGUUGGUUAGAAGAAUACUGCGCCAAACAUUUGUAGUAUGCAAGGAUAAAGCAUGGGAUAUGCAAUGGAUAAAAGAAAUAUCCCAAAUAUUUGAAAAACUCUUUUUAUGCCCAAAGACCAACUUGGGUUUUAGUCUACAUGUAACAGAGAUAUAUUUAGAAGAGCUUGCUAAGAACAGCAAUGAAAAUUUGUCUGAAGAGGCUGUGAGUGAAUUUAUUAGACCGUUUGUUGUUUAUUUAAUAACAACUAAAGAUGAACGUCAAAUGAAACAUAUCAUGAAGCAUAUUUUUAGAUACCUUAUAUUUCAAUCAGAUAUAGGUAUCGAAUACAUGGAAAAAUUUGCAGCCUGGAGACAAGCUGGUUUUCCUUGCACACAUUUGGAUGAUAUGAAAAAGUUAGAAUUAUCAGACAUGGAAGAUAAUUCUGAAAAUAAGGAUGAAGAAUUUUCUAAAACUGAGCUACUAAUGGAUAAAGUUGAAAAUCCUUUAGAUCCACGAGCAGGUAGAGUUGAUGUGGAAUUGCCACAAAUUUCAUUUAAUCCUGCACAGAUUGUUCAGUUACUCUCAAGUUAUAAAUUUCAUCCAUCUUCAACGACAAAGUCACGGAGACAACUUUCAAGAAUUCUGCAAGAGUUCAAAGAAUUGUCAGAAGGAAAGAUGCCUCUUGGGACAAAAAAAGUUAGAAACCCCAUUUGGCAGAAAAAGGAUACAGAUUCAAAGAAGGCUGCUCUUCGCCUUAUUCAGUUUGAGAAGGACCUAUACAGUGACAACAUAAACAAUAAAAGAAAAAGAAAUAAGCGAAUAAUCGAACUUGAUACAGAUACAGUUUUAGAUAUAGGUCCUCCUAAGAAACAGAAAAAAAAUAAUUUAACACAUGAUGAAGUUGACUGUAAAUCUGAAUUUAGUGAAAACAAAACAAAAUUAGAAGCAAAGAGCUUAUCAAAAAAAAAUAAAACAACUAAAAAAGUAAAAUUAAAUUGUGUAAACGAUAUGCAAUCAUCAGAUACAAAUGUCGAUUAUAAAAUGAAAUCGAGCGUAGGUGGAUCAAAGAAAAGUAAAACAGCUAAAAAAAUAAAAUUAAAUUGUGUAAACGAUAUGCAAUCAUCAGAUACAAAUGUCGAUUAUAAAAUGAAAACGACCGUACGUGGAGAGUGGCCGAUAUCAGAACAUGUAAAUCAAUGUAUUUUGCCUGCGUCAGUUUCUCAAAGCAACAUUUCGACCAAGAAAACUGCCAAAAAACGCGUAAUUGAGAAGACUGUAUCGGAAAAAAAUAUUGCACGGAAUAAUCAAGUGGUGGCUCUGAGAAAUAAAUCACACACAUCGAAUCAAAUGAAAGGGCAAACUGACUUAAAUAAUUCUACGGAAUCGAGAAAGAAGGUGAAAAUCGUGCUGCAUCGAAAUACUGCGCAACUUACAUCAGAAUAUAUUCAACAGGUUCGUAGAAGUCCGACUAUUCCUUUUGACGCAAAUAAGAAACCGUUAGUUAGUGUGUUAAAAGCGAGUCCUAUACCAAGUCCAGUUAACCCCUUUUACAAAAAGGGUUAAUGCUAAUUAUAUUAAAAUUAGCUUUUGAAAAUGUGUACAUAAGACAUUGCUUUUUGUUGUAAUAAUAAUAAUAAUAAAACUAUCAAUGAAA